AGGAGGGCACAUUGAGAGUCACCUUCAAAGGCAAGAAGUAUAAAAUCAGACAGGAGGGGAGAAAGGAACCUCAAAAUGAGAGUGUGAGAAGCAGGCUUUAUGGGAAUGAUACUCGAGUGGAAGAGCACCAGUCAAGGGAGGUUCAGACACAUGCAGAUACAGAGGAAAUGUGCUGAAGGAUGCAGAUCCAGGAGUUUCUCAAAAAUCUAGGACCUCAGGCGAGCCUGAGGUUUCCCGAGUUUGAGGAUAUCCGUAAAUACAUUCACAGCUUGUCCACGUCAUCACUUAUUGGCCUGGGGGCUUUAGCAACUGUCACUGCAUACUGGCUAGCCACACGACCACGGCCCAUCCGGGCACCCUGCAGCCUGGAGCAGCAGUCCGUCCCUGUUGAGGGAAUCCCAAGCUGCAGAAGAUCUGUUUUACUGCCAGAUGAUACCCUUCUCUCCUUUUACUAUGAGGAUACAAAGACGGCCUAUGAGAUGUUUCAGAGAGGCAGACGUAUCUCAGGUGAUGGCCCCUGUCUGGGUUACCGGAAACCGAAUGAGCCAUAUCAGUGGAUCUCUUACAAAGAGGUGAUCGAGCAAGCUGAAUUUAUUGGAUCAGGAUUACUGAAAAGAGGUUGCCAGGCUUCUCCUGACCAGUUCAUUGGAGUUUUUGCACAGAAUCGACCAGAGUGGGUGAUUGCAGAGAUGGCCUGCUACACGUAUUCUAUGGCUGUUGUUCCUCUGUAUGACACUCUGGGCCAGGAAGCAAUAGUUCACAUUCUCAACAUUGCGGAGAUCUCAACAGUGAUCUGUGACAAGCCCGAGAAGGCUGCUGCUCUACUGCAAAAUGUGGAGCUUUCCUUGACCCCUGGACUCCACAGCAUCAUUUUGAUGAACCCUUGUGAUAUCUCCUUACUAGAAAGGGGAAGGAAAUGUAACGUCGAUAUAAUUCUAUUCAGUGAUCUCAUGGAGUUUGGGCGGCAGAACCAUCGGGACCCUGUGCCUCCAAAACCAGAUGAUCUUGCAGUAGUUUGCUUUACAAGUGGAACCACAGGCAAACCCAAAGGAGCAAUGAUCACACAUGGAAAUAUUGCUUCUAACACAUCAUCUGUGAUCAAAAUACUAGAGGGGUCAUUUGUGAUUCGCCAGGAGGAUGUUUCCAUUUCGUACUUGCCACUUGCACAUAUGUUUGAAAGAAUGAUCCAGGUGUCAAUGUUCUGCCAUGGUGCACGUGUAGGCUUCUACCAAGGAGAUAUCCAGCUUCUAAUGGAUGACAUAAAGACCCUGCAGCCCACUUUCUUUCCUGUAGUUCCACGGCUCCUAAACCGCAUCUAUGACAAGAUCCUGGGCUCGGUUUCAUCACCACUCAAGAGGUCAUUGCUACAGUAUGCUGUGCGAAGGAAACAGUCUGAGCUGAGCAGUGGAAUUGUAAGAAACAACAGCUUGUGGGACAAGAUACUGUUCAAUAGGAUUCAGGCCAGUCUCGGAAGCAACCUGAGGUUUAUUUUAACUGCAUCAGCACCAAUAUCUCCCACAGUCCUGUCAUUCCUUCGAGCAGUGCUCGGUUGCUUGAUUUUUGAAGGCUAUGGACAGACUGAGUGCACAGCUGGCUGCACAUUUUCCAUGCCAGGAGACUGGACUGCAGGUCAUGUUGGAGCCCCACUACCGUGUGCCAUGGUGAAAGUUGUUGAUAUUGAGGAGAUGAACUAUUUUGCUGCUAAUGGUGAAGGAGAGAUUUGCAUCAAAGGGCCAAGUGUAUUUAAAGGUUACCUAAAAGAUCCAGAAAGAACAGCAGAAGCACUUGAUUCUGAUGACUGGCUUCACACAGGUGAUGUUGGAAAAUGGCUGCCGAAUGGAGUCCUGAAGAUUAUUGACAGGAAGAAGCACAUAUUCAAACUUUCACAAGGAGAGUACAUUGCACCUGAGAAGAUAGAAAACAUCUACGUGAGAAGCGCCCCUGUGCUCCAAGUGUUUGUACAUGGAGACAGCCUACAGUCUCAUCUAAUUGGAAUAGUUGUUCCUGAUCCUGAAGUCCUUGCUGUUUGGGCCAGUGAAAGAGAAAUCGUGGGAUCAUAUGAAGACCUCUGCAAGAAUCCGGAAGUGAAGAAGGCCAUUCUAGAUGACAUGACCAAGCUAGGGAAGGAAGGAGGCCUGAAGUCAUUUGAGCAGGUCAAAGAUAUAUACCUCCAUCCAGAAGCAUUCACUGUCUCCAAUGGACUACUGACCCCUACCAUGAAGGCAAGACGGGUGGAUAUCAGGAAAAGGUUUCAGGAGAAAAUCUCACAGCUCUACGAGAAGAAUGGUUCAUAAUUGUUCCAUAUCGCCCCCUAAUUUUAGGUUCUCCCAUGGCAACAACUCCUCAUUUUUCAUUUAAUAGUCUCGGCCUCAUAGCAGCUUUGAAUCUCAAGCCUUGGCCACUGUCUAAAGAAAACCGACUUUCAUGGAGGAAUGAUAGGAAGACUCAGGAUGAAAAUUGACAGGUCAUAGUCAUGGCCUGCUUCUUGACCACUAGUAAUACACUGCUGUACUUGUAGACUGACAUGGACCUUAUCAAGGAUGUGUGCACCUUAUAUGAUAAACACCUAGAAAAUUUUAAAAUGACUAAAACAAGUGGAACAUUAGGACUGCAUGUGUCUGUCUGCUGCUGUGCAUGAGUAACAAACUGAUUUCACAGGAUUUGUGACUGGAGCUGCACGAGGCAUAUCUGCACAGAGACUCUUUUUAACAAAUUAACAUAAUUUGCAUAAGAAGGCCCAGCAUCUAGAUGUGGGUCUAAACCGAAAUGGAGUCUUCCCGGACCAAAAACUUUUGCGCUUGUGUAUAUAUUAACUUCGUCAGUGUGGUGAUGGGUAUCUCAAGAAGUGGGCAGAAGAACAUUAGCUGGUCUGUACAAUCAGGUUAGCUUUUUUUGUAUUUGUUAGAGCUAUCUUUAAUUAAGUAGUCGGGUGGUCCUAUCGAUUUAAUGACAGUGCAGUUAAGUUUAAUGACACAUUCAGUUGUAAACCACUUGUAUGCUAGAUUAGGGCCUUCUAUGUGGAGAUCUGUCCAUCUCUAAAUCCAUAAUAAUGUCAUUCAUUCAUCAGUCUAGGCCUGUCGAUCAUAAAAAUGUGAUGUGUUUAGGGUCCAACAAGUAAGUGGUCCCAAUAUGACGAUCAGCUCAAAUAUAGACUACAGUCCAGGAAUGGGUUUCUAAGGUUGUUCUAAUGCUGACCCAUUAGAAGGCCAACACCUGAGCGAUGCACAGUGACCAGGAAGAGAUGCAAAUUGGAGAAGAUGAGUUUCACGCUAGGGGACAAUUGUCAAAUGUCACUUCAUAAAAUAACCUUGUUGUUGUCUAGUUGAUGUUUUUGGUGCCUUUCUCUAACUUUGUUACUGUGUGUGGAUUAUGCCAUUAUUUUAUAAGACAAAAGUUAAAAUUCGAUACGAUAACUUUUGAAAGUUAACCUCUCCCUUCAUAUGCAGACAUUGCACUAAUAAUUCAUAGGAGCUUGAUUUGAUCAUCAAGUGAAGAUGACAGAUGAUGUGUUUGUGACUUUGAGAUGUUUAGUGUCAUCUUCAGCCAGAGAUCUUAGUGUGUGUUCUUGUGUCGGAAGAAGGGAUGGAAGAAUUGCAGUGGCUUUACUCCAUAAAGGAGCAUGUUAGAUACCCUUCUAACCAUUCAUCUGACUGUUUAUCGUGGUUGGGUAGGAUUUGUCGGUUAUAAUUGGGGCAUUACUCUGACAGGGCUGAAUUUCCAGAGAAUCAGCUGCCUUAACUAGGGUGCAUCUGGGAGCUUCCUCUACUGUCAUGUUGGUUGUAGGUCAUUUAUAAUUGGCGUUACGCUCUGAGUUGUCAGUGAAAUGCAGCAUACGAAACUACAGGUGGUGUAGCCAUGAAGAGACGAGUCGGUUUACCAGGGAUUGAGUUUUUGGGAAUCCUUUGCAGGGUAAUAUACAAAACUAUCACAAUCUGUAAUCAAAAAGGAGAGCAAAAAAGAGGUGCAGAACUGGAAUUCUCUUCUGUUGUCAAUUUGUACCUAAAAGCUACUUAAUAACAUUUGUAUAUCUGGGAAGUUUGACCUUCUGUUUUUAAUACAGUAAGUAGCUGUGGCUCCAAUGAGCGAGUAAAUGACUACUUUCCUUGUG